AUGUCAUGUACACCCAUCGUUGAUGCAUCAUGGCAUCGUCUUGCAGACGACACCUUCGACACCCGCCCAUCUUGCAGCACGCCACUCGAUCCAGCCUCAUCUGCGGCCGACGCUGGUGCGACCGAUUCGGACGUCUCCUCCUCGUGGUCCUUUUCCGACCAAGAAGAACUCGUCACUCUGGACCUGGGCGUCGAACGGAUUGCCAAACGAGCUCUACUUGGAUACACUGUUGGGCUGGACUAUGUUGAUCCUGCUCCGUCGGCAUCUGCUGCAUCUGCUGCAUCGUCCAGCGCUCGAACCGUGCGGUCGUCACGCAACACCGCCAGAAACACAUCCCAAACCUCUGCGACCGAAGCUUGCUCCGGCGCGGUUGCACAUAUCGCUGCGGGCAAGCAGCUGAGCAUAACAGGUCUCGAUAGCGCGACACCCUUGAUGAAGAUCAACGAUACCGUAUUGCGUGGUACACAAAUGCAGAUGUACGGAUCCGAGAUCAUACUCAAGGACGAAUUUGACCCGACUAGGGACAGAUCGAGACAGCACCGACUGCAACCUAUCGCUUCAUCGGACGGUAGAGCAGAUGCUAGAUCGAGUACUACGAGAAAACGAAUCAUGUUCACGCCCCUCUACGAUCCCACAUCUCAACAGACCGUCUCUGACGCCAACGACGCGUACCACGAGCUGCGCGCCCUAGCGCGCAACGCACAUCAUGUGAAUCUCAGCGAUCCAAGUCAUUGCGAUCAUCCUUCCAGCCAGAUCGCAACAGGCAAUCCCACAAGUGCACAGUCAGAGUCCGCAAGAGCCAGGAACAAACGUAAGGACAUUUCCGAGGAGGAACAAAUCAUCCGAGCCGCCGAGAGGAAAAUCAGGAAGGCCGCAAAGGCGCACUUCAAGAACCAACAGCACGCGUCCAGCUCCGCACACACUGCACACCCAGACGACCUGCAUCACACCACCGUCCAACCUGACCCCAACCCCAACCACAACCCCAACCACAACAACGACCAACACGUCAACACUACCCCACGCUCUCCACACCCACCACCGCCGUUCGACCAGCAAUGA